AUGAAUUAUUUGGAUAGAGUGGAACCUGUUGUAAAAGCAUUUGAUAUGACAGAAGAAAUGGUUAGAGAUGUAAAAGAAGUUUCGAAAAAAGCAAUUGAUUAUUGCAAUACAGAUAAAGAAAUUGCAACAUUUAUUAAAGACGAUUUUAGAUCAAGAUAUCAUGGAACAUGGCAUUGUGUUGUAGGUAGAAAUUUUGCAAGCUAUGUAACUUUUGAGCGCAGUUAUUAUAUUUAUCUUUAUAUUGGAUAAUUAGCUAUAUUGUUGUUCAAAACUGGCUGA